CAUCUAGCUAGCUAGCUAUGCCAGGAGGAGUUAAAGGAGAAGUGAUGUGGCCAAGAUUGGUUGCAAGUAAAAUCUUGGGAAGAAAAUUGGUUGGAAACAAUUUUGUCGCAGAUUUUCCGAGUGACGGAAAUGAUUCCUUGAUGGAAAUUCCUUGCUUCAAUGGCAUCAAGUCUCUAUGUCCCGACAACAGCAUUACCAACGAGGUCCGCGAAGAAGAAACUCGAAAUAUCAAGGUGUCUGUUAGCACUUGGAAUGUUGGAGGAGUAACGGCAAUUGACGGUUUUAAUAUGGAUGAGUUUGUAGACCCGACCAACGCCUGCGAUAUCUAUGUUUUCGGGUUUCAAGAAGUUGUGCCGCUUAGAGUUGAAAAUGUGCUAGGACCGGAGAAGAGCAAGAUUUCCAUGCAAUGGAAUUCGUUAAUCAGAGAAGCUCUAGCGAAGAGAGACAAACAAAUUGUUGAAGAAAACAAACUCAAACCGAUUAAUUAUAAUAAUGACAACUCGAGUUUCAGAUGCGUCAUUAGUAAGCAAAUGGUAGGAAUAUUGAUCUCAAUUUGGGUUCGUGACGAGCUCCGCCCGUACCUCCGGAACGCCAGUGUUUCAUGCGUUGGUUGUGGAGUCAUGGGUUGUUUAGGCAAUAAGGGUUCCGUGUCGGUAAGAUUUAUAUUACACGAAACGAGCUUUUGCUUCGUGUGCAGCCAUUUGGCCUCGGGUAGUAGAGAAGGCGACCAUAAGUGCAGGAAUUCAAACGUAAUUGAAAUAUUAUCGAGGACCAUUUUUCCACAAGGCCCUUCACUUGAUCUUCCCUCAAAGAUUCUUGAUCACGACCAAGUGAUAUUUCUAGGGGAUUUGAAUUACAGAAUCUCAUUGGCUGACUCAGCGACAAGAGUAUUAGUAAACAAAGCAGACUGGAACGCAUUAUUGCAAUAUGAUCAGCUAAGAAUGGAACUGAAGGAAGAUCAGGUAUUUGAAGGAUGGUGUGAAGGAAGCAUUAAAUUUGGUCCAACAUACAAAUACUAUCCCAAUUCAGAUGACUAUUACGGCAGGCUUGAAUUUAAAAAGGGCGAAAAGAAACGCGCUCCAGCAUGGUGUGAUAGGAUAAUAUGGCGCGGUGAAGGGUUGAAGCAACAAGAAUAUGAAAGGGUUGAAUCGAAGUUGUCGGAUCACAGACCAGUGAAGGCAAUUUUCAUCAGCCAAGUCAAAGUGAAGCUCAAGUCUCAAGCCCUUCAAAACUUCUUCUUAUCUGAGAGAUAUGAGAAUACAACAAAUAAGUAUUUGGAAGAUGAUUUUCCUUGUAAAAAUGCCAAAUUUGCUCUUCAAGUAAGGGAUUUAUAAUCUAUUAUUUUCUCUUACCAAGAAAAACAAUUGCAUGUACAUGUAAAAAUAUGGCGGCAGAUCAUAUGUUCAAAUGAUUCUUAUAUUUCUAUUUGGGCAAGUACGUUGUUAUAUAUGGGAGAAGUUGAUAUUA